AGAGUCUGCCCCCUCCUCUCAGAGCUGAAGCUGAGCGCAUGGGCACGGACGGGGUGCUCCUCUCUCACGCCGCUUCCUUUCUUGUCUCCGCAGGGAAAGGGAAUUACUGGACCCUGGAUCCGAACUGUGAGAAAAUGUUCGACAACGGGAACUUCCGCAGGAAGCGGAAGCGCCGCUCGGAAACCAGCAGCACCUCUGCGGCGGCCGCGGGGGCAUCCAAGUCGGAAGACGGGCUGUCCUCGGGACUGAGCUCUGGAGUGGCUGGGAAGCCAGAGGGAGACAGCUCCUCUCAGUCCCCAGAGCCUCCCGAGGGCACCAAGAGGACCGCCUCCUCCCCAGGAGCAUCCAUGCUCACCUCCACCCCUUGCCUGAACACCUUCUUCAGCAGCCUCAGCACCUUAAGUGUCAGCAGCAGCGGGGGCACCCAGCGAGCUCUCCCCGGCGGCCGCCACCUAGGCCUCCAGGGCGCCCAGGUGCCCCCCAGCAGCACCUUCCCCCCCAGCUCCGUCUCGGAGGCCUCGCCAGACACCUUGCAGCUGAGCCACAGCACCAGCAACGCGGGCGGCAGCCAGAGAUCUUCCUAUUACAGCCCCUUCCCUGCCAGCACCAGCGGGGGUCAGAGCGGCCCCUUCGGCAGCCCGUUCUACAACUUCAGCGUGGUCAACAGCCUCAUCUACCCCCGCGAGGGCUCCGAGGUAUAGAGCGCGGCUUCUCAGACUUGA